GCACCUUUUUUGCAUGCGCAGUCAUGGCGGCUCAGUGUGGGAUUCGUUACGUUGGCAAUUGCGGUUUGAAAGUCUCCAACAUUUCCCUUGGGGCUAUGACAUUCGGCGCGCGAAAGGAGGGUAUUAAGCUGCCUGGUCAGUGCGAUGAAACUGCCUCGCAUGCUCUGUUGGACAAGUUUGUUGAGAUGGGAGGCAACUUUGUCGACACCGCCGACGUUUACUCGGAUGGCAAGUCAGAGGAGAUAGUCGGAACGUGGCUGCAAAAGCAAGAAAGGGAGAAGAUUGUUCUUGCAACGAAGGUUCGUUUUCCGAUGGGUAAAGGGGUGAACGACACGGGAUUGUCUAGGAAGCACAUCAUGUUUGGGGUGGAGCAGAGUCUGAAGCGUUUGCAGACUCACUACAUUGACUUGUAUCAGACUCAUUGUUGGGAUGAUGGCACUCCAAUAGAGGAAUGGCUCAGCACUCUGAAUGACCUUGUUCGAUCUGGUAAAGUGCACUACUUAGGUCUGAGUAACGUUACGGGCUGGCAACUUCAAAAGAUCAUUGACACAACAAAGGCAAAAGGUUAUGAGCCGUUUUCCACUCUUCAGGUCCAGUACAGUCUGCUGUGUCGUGAGACUGAGUGGGAAUUGCAAGAAGUGUGUAGGCAAGAAGGCCUUGGUAUUCUUCCAUGGAGUCCUUUGAAAGGAGGUUACCUCACAGGCAAAAUUACUCGUGGAUUUGCACCAGAAGACUCUCGAGUUGCCUGGUCAGAAAAGGAACUAAAGAACAGUGAAAUCCAAGCAGCACCGAGCCUCUCAACAUUUGCUGACGAUGAACGAGUUUGGAAGACUAUUGACUCACUCAAAGCUGUUGCAACAGAAACAAGCAAAAGCGUGGCACAGAUUGCUUUGAAAUGGUUGCUGCAGCAAGACAUGGUGAGCUCAGUGAUCAUUGGCGCUAAAAAAAUGGAACAGUUGGUUGACAACAUGGGAGCUGGAGAUGACAGCUGGACGCUGUCCGAAGAACAGUUAGGGAAACUGAAUGAUGCCAGUGCAGUGCCACUUCCCUAUCCGUAUAACAUGGUUAGCAGGUGCCAAAUUGGACGUAGACGCAAGGGACUGAUGGCUUUGUGAGUUUGUAAUCUGGACAGGUCACUGACUGAACAUGCGCACUAUGUCUGUGUCAUUGCAACGACAGUGUAGGCUGCAUGUGAUGAAUUUGCUGUUUGUAUUUUCUUGUUUAUUUCUUCUGUCGUCUUUAGAUGUGCUAAUGUGCUUUAUGAACUAGGUGUUUGUAUCUACACAGCAUUAAGCAUUUUCUAUUAUACCUGCAUAGCCCGUUGACUCA